UCUAACGAUGAAGGUCGAAAACUUUACUUCGUGAUGUCUCGUUUUUAAUGCCAAACCGGAAGCAACCAAGGGACAGUUGAUAUAUCUCAACUUUAACAGUUAAGAUUCGACAGAACACCCCUGUACACUACCCACCUGCCCACGGGACUUUUCCACGGAUAGGGACGUGAGGCGCAUAAACGUGUGCUUCAGAAAUGCUGUAGAACGAACGGUGUCCUCCAACCCUCACAGUCACGAAUCUACCACCAGAGGCGCCUUCGCCCGUCAGUGGAGUGUUCUACUUUCUAACUGCCUACUCACCAGUUGCAGUCCGACGUCGGGCUAACUGCUGUGUUGCUGCUUCAGCGCGAUGGCGGACGCCAGCGUUUCUGGAGAUGGAAUGCCGCAGUGCCUGGCUGCCCCGGCCGUGCCGGUGGAGUCCCUGCCCGACGAGGCGCUGGUGGCGGUGCUGCGCCGCGUGCCGCUGCCGGACCUGCUGCUGUGCCGCGCGGUGUGCCGCCGCUGGCGCGACCUGGCGCUGCACCCGGACGCGUGGCGGCACCGCGAGUUCCGCGACAUGUCCAUCGACGUGCCCCGGAGCGUGCUGCCCGCCGUGCUGCGCCUCGCGCCCUGCCUGCGCCGCCUGGACCUGUGGGACGUGGUGGGCGAGGUCGCCGUCACGCGGUGCGCCGUCGCCGGCCUCAAGCUGCGCUACGUGGAGAACGGCUUGGUCGCCGCGCUGGCCGUCCGCCUCCUGGCCGCCCUGGGCGAGACCCGCCCCCAGCGGCUGGUGGACCUGACCGUGGGCGGCUGCGAGGCCCACUCCGUGGCGCUGCUCCGCGCCGUGCUGGACCUGCGCGGCCUGGAGAGCCUCAAAGUGAGCGAGUCGCCCGACAUGCGGAGGACCGUGACGAGCCUGCCCCCCUGGGCGCCGCCCCCCGCCUCUCUGCGGCGGCUGUGGUGGCAGGGCAAGGUGGCAGCGCACUGCGCGCUGCUGGCGCUGCUGCAGGCGCACGCCGCCACGCUGCGGGAGGUGGUGCUGCGCCUCGCCACCAAGGAGGGCGCCAAGGUGGAGGCCAAGACGGCCCCCGCCCUGCUGCUGCUGCGCCACUGCGAGCGCCUCCAGAGCCUGAGCGUCCAGUGGAACGCGCCGGAGGAGAACGACGGGGAGGACUCGGACGACGAGGAGGUGUGGGAGGACGACGACGAAGACGACGUCGACGAGCUGCCGCGGGCCGACCCGCUCGUCAAGGAGGCCCUGAAGGGCGUGCUGCCGCGCCUCGCGGACCUGAGCCUGGCGCAGGACUUGCCGUCCGACCUGCACGCGCACGUCGUGGACUGCGUCCGGGAGCAGGCGGCCCCGUCCGGCGCGUCCGCGCUGACCCGCCUCGCGCUGCGCGACGGCCAAGGCGCCCAAGGCAACCACGCCUCUGUGAUGCUGGCCCUGCUGGCGACCCUGCCCGUGCUCGUGCACCUCGUCGAGCUGGAGGUGGAGUUCGCCUGCGACGCGCUGCUCGACGCCGUGGACCCCGACACGCUGCCCAGCCUGCGCUGGCUCUUCUCCAACAGUGUGCUGCACAGCACUCGCGCCUGGGCGCACCGCGCCGCCGUCACGGCCUUCAUGGCCAGGAACCCGCGGGCACACCUGGGGGCGCCGAUGCGGGCCCCCUGCGGCCGCCAGUGCGCCGAGUGCAGGCUGCCCUGCUACUGCCUGGUGCACUGCGACGACCAGAGCUGGUCCUGCGUGGCGCUGUACAGCCACGGCCCGGACGACUGCAGCGUGGGCGGCCACGGGGACAGCCGCGGACACGACUGCCCCAUCAAGAGCGUGCGGCUGGCGGCCGGCCUCUUGGUGGGCAAAGUGGGGUUCCGACACUUCACCUGGACGCGCUGGCCGCUGUGCACUCCGAGGGGCGGUCCGGCUCCCGUGCCGCUGCAGGGACGAGUGGAAACCGACGUGACGCAGUGCUUGCCCGACAGCGUGCUGGUCCAGGUGUUCCGACACCUGCCAUUGGAGGACCUGCUGCUGUCCCGGGCGGUGUGCAGGCGAUGGAGGGACCUGGCGCUGCACACGGAAGUUUGGUGCACCCGCGUCGUGGAGCUAGACUCGGAUCACCUCUACCGGAGACGUUGGCUGGCUCUGAACCUGGGUCUGCGCCUGGCGCCCUGCAUCCAAAGUCUAGUGGUUUCCAUGAGCAAAGUUUCGCCUUCCCUCAUUCAACUUGCCGCCAUCCCGUGCCCAGUGCGACGUCUCAGGAUAGUUUGCUCUCUCUUCAGAGAGGAAGAUUCAGCAAAGUUGAUUAUGCGCUGUGCACUCGAGAAGAUAAUACGCCGGCAGGUAUCCCUCCUACGGCUGAAGCAUCUUGACAUUAUUUGCGGGGAGUGGCCUGUCAAUGAUUCGUGGCUGCAAACCAUGUACAGGCUGCCUGGACUGGAGCGUUUGGUCGUCGCGGAUAGUUUCACAGGCAGCACGAUGCCUGUGCCAACGACAUCAAUUGUCCCUGCCAUCGAAGGAUCUAAUAGCCUCAGGUGCUUCAAGUGGUCCGGCCCCGUGCUGUACGGCCACGUGCUGGACGUGCUGGAGCGCCACGCCGCGUCGCUGCAAGAGGUGUCCCUCACCACGUGGUACAUGUGGGAGGGCCUGCCCGGCGCCCUGCGUCGCCUGGCCUCCAUGCCGGCGUUGCGGUCCGUGCGACUGGACCUGUCCUCCUCGGCCCCGGCCAGCGCCACCACCAGGCUGCAGGUGGAGCCCGACCUGGGCGACCUGGCGCCGGGGCAGCUGCUGCUGGCGGCGGCCGAGUCCGACAGGGCGCGCCUGGAGAAGCUGGACGUGCGGAUUGAGAAGUCGCUCCAAGGCGGCCCCACCAGCGACCCGGCGUUCCUGCAGGCGCUGUGCUUCGCGCUGCCGAGCAUGCCGCUGCUCAAGGAGCUCACCGUGGACUCUGUCUACGAAGAGGCGCUGCUCGGCGUCGUCUGCCCCGAGAGCACGCCGUCGCUGAGGAUGCUCCGCAUCGAGGCCAACCCGCUGCCGCCGCACUGCUGCCACGCCUGGCUGCACCGGCCGGCCGUCAGGGCGUGCGUCUCGCGCAACGCGCGGCUGCACCUGGUGGUGAAGCGGCCCGCGGCCUGCCAGUGCCACCUCUGCGCCGGCCUGGCGUGCUACUGCCUGGCGCACGCCGACAGGCACAAGGCCCUGGGCCUCGUCGGCCACGCCGCGGGCACGGACGAGCUCUGCACCGACACCAAAGAAGUCUUCGGGGGAACCUGCUGGAUUGUCAUCGCGUGAGCCCCUCGCGUUUUCAUGCUGCCAGAAUGGUGUCGCUCGUUAUUGUAUUUACUCUGCUCAGUGCUUUCUCCACUUAAAUAAGGCCCUUUUUGUUUGUCUGUAAGGAAUUUUACACAGCUCCGUUUUCCUCAUUGAAACCGGCAAACUGCUGGACUAUUUUUGUUCUAUAAUUUUUCUGGAGUGAAUAAAUAAUAGCUAAUUAGCGA